UGUGAGUUGGAAUUGACUCAAUGACAAUGGGUUUGUUCGUUUGUUUGUUUUUUUAAUCAAGCAACAGAUGAUUGUCCUUUCGUCCACUUGUCUUAUGGAGAACAUGUUUUGGGGGAACCAAAGGCAGAGCACGAACUCAGAAAGGAGCAGAAUGACGGUAGUUGUGAAGGCCUGAAAAGGAUGCUUCUAAUUACUGAUGAGAGUUCUUUGGUUUCUGUGAUUCCAGGCUGUCAGACCCUGCACUUUAAGCCAUGGCUGCUUCAAGCAAUGUGACUGAAAUAAUUUUCUUGGGGCUUUCCCAGAACCAGGAUGUGCAGAAGAUCAUUUCUGUGGUGUUUCUCCUCAUGUACACAGCCAUUUUGCUGGGCAAUGGUCUCAUUGUGGUGACCAUUAUGGCCAGCAAAGGCCUCAUUUCCCCCAUGUAUUUCUUUCUCAGCUACUUGUCCUUUGUGGAGAUCUGUUACUGUUCUGUCACAGCCCCCAGGCUCAUCAUUGACUCCUUUACUGAGAGGAAAGUCAUUUCCCUGAAGGGAUGCAUCACACAGAUAUUUUUCCUCCAUUUUUUUGGUGGCACCGAGAUUUUUCUCCUGACAGUGAUGGCCUAUGACCGCUAUGUGGCCAUUUGCAAGCCUUUGCAUUACACAGCCGUCAUGAACCAUCGUGUGUGUGGUCUCCUGGUGGGGGCCACCUGGGGGGGGGGCUUGCUACAUUCUGCUGGGCAAACCUUCCUCAUUUUCCAGCUACCCUUCUGUGGCCCCAACAUGAUUGACCAUUACUUCUGUGAUGUCCACCCUGUGUUGAAGCUGGCCAGCUCAGACACCUUCCUCAUUGGCCUGCUAAUCAUCGCUAAUGGCGGCUCCAUUUCAGUGGUCAGCUUUGCUGUGCUGCUUGCUUCCUACAUGGUCAUCCUGCACUCGCUGAGGAGACAGACUUCAGAGGGGCGGCGCAAGGCCCUCUCCACCUGUGCCUCACACAUUACAGUUGUGGGCCUGUUCUUCAUACCCUGUUCCUUUGUUUACAUGAGGCCCUGUGUCACCCUCCCUGUGGACAAGCUAGUGGCUGUGUUUUACACAGUGGUCACACCACUCUUAAACCCCAUCAUUUACUCCUUCAGGAAUGCUGAAGUGAAGGACGCCAUGAGGAGGCUGAUGGGGAGGAAAGUGAUUUGGGAAGAGAAAUAGAUGACGGAGUAGAGGCAAGAAUCUGGGGUAUCGAGGAUCUUACUCUGCUUUUCCCUAUAAUGGAAAGAGCAGCCAUGGGCUAGUCACCUUCGUUCUUUAGGUUUUGGUUUCCUUGUCUUUAUGGGAUUGGACUGGAGGUAUAUAUGUGUGUAUAGUGGGGUGGUGGGGGUGGUGGGUGUCCUGAUUUGGGCAGACCAAGCUGACCUAGAGGGGUUGGUCGGAACGGAACAGAAGACGUGCAGGCUGUUUUGUCAGCAAAUUUAUGUGAGCUCCCACUAGCACUAGACUGAGCUUUCUAAAGAAUCAAAAUGAAACCUCUGAUAAGAUUCGAAGUGAUUUCAAAGCACUGCACAAUGCUAUUCACUUUGUAAACAAAGAUUUUAUUUUCCAUGUAUCAUUACCAUUUUUAUUUCUAAAAUUCUCUGUCAUUCACACCUCUCUGACCUUCUUUUUUGCCCAUUUUUCUUCCUUAUGCCUCCAGUUGUUUGGCUUCUUAGUUUUCUCUCAGAUUAUCAACUCCUUGAUUUCUCUUGCUUUUCAGCCAUUUCAACAAAGUGUCCAGGUAACCCACUCCCCUAUACCACUGUGUAUCUUGCCAGUAUACAUCCAUUAGUACUCCACUUUUUCCCACUCUUACUCUGGACCUGCCUAUUGAUUAAGGUAUGGGUUUCACUG